AUGACGCCAGACAGUGCUACCAUCAUAUGCGCGUCCAUCAACACACUUCCAACUCCGGGACCUCACCGCGCCAUGCUGCCGACACUCGCCGUCACCAACAUGGUACUUCUUCAGUUCUGCUCAAUGGAGUGUCAGGGAAACUUUUUCACUGCAGACAAGGAGUCAGUGUUUGAGCAACUACACCGAGUCCGCAAUGAACUGGAGUGCUCGAAAAAAGAAGCAUCCGAGGGCGAGCAGAAAGCCGUAAGGAAUCUGUUUGAAGCUUCUAUGAUGUUCAAAGCACGGGAGAAUGCACUCCGCAAAGAAAAAAAAGAGGUAGAGGAUAGGCUGACCAAAGAAAACACUGGACUCAGAAAAGAACACCUCUAUAUAUGCAAAGAGCUGCAAAAGGCAAAUGAGCAAAGAGCAGAACCGGAGAAUAGUGUAUUUGGCCCUACUAGUGAUGUUGCCUUAACAGAGUUCAGCUACGCAGAGAUAAAUGAAGCGACGGCCAACUUUGAUGACUGCAAAAAGAUUGGGGUUGGUGGGUGUGCAACGGUCUACAAGGGAUUUCUACGACAUACUACUGUAGCCAUAAAGAAAUUCAACCGUGAAGGCGCAACAGGAGAUAAUGAGUUUAAUGACGAGGUAGAAACACUUCGAAGGAUGAGGCAUCCGAACCUUGUGACCCUGAUAGGAGUGUGCAUGGAGGCCAAAGCGUUGAUCUUCGAAUUCUUGUCGAACGGAAGCCUAGAGGAUUGUCUGCAAUGCAACGACCAAAGAGAGCCACUCUCAUGGCGAACGCGCAUCAAAAUCGCUACCGACAUCUGCACGGGACUUAUCUUCCUCCACUCCAACAAACCAAAAGGCAUUGCACAUGGUGAUCUCAAGCCUGACAAUGUCCUUCUCGAUGCCAGCUUUGUUUGCAAACUGGCAGACUUUGGGAUCUCUCAUCACUUGAAUGUAACAAACACCACUAUCACCCCGUAUCACCGAACAAACCAACUCAAGGGCACAAUGGGAUACAUGGACCCAGCAUACAUUGCCUCAGGGGAGCUCACAGCACAGUAUGACGUCUACUCCUAUGGAGUAGUGUUGAUGCGAUUGCUAACUAAUAAGAGCCCCCUAGGCCUUCCACAUGUUGUGGAGGCAGCCAUUAGAGAAGGCACGUUGCUAGAUCUAAUUGAUACUUCUGCAGGGGAAUGGCCACCUGAGUGUGCUGAAGAGUUGGCAAGACUAGCACUGCGUUGUUGCCGGUUAGAACGAAAGGAGCGGCCUAAUCUUGCAAAGGAGGUCUGGGGUGUCUUGCAAGCUAUGAUGAAUAUUCAAGACCAGAAAUGUGGGCCACCAACGUUUUUCAUCUGUCCAAUGACACAGGAGAUCAUGAGGGAUCCACACAUUGCUGCUGAUGGAUCCACAUAUGAAGGUGACGCCAUGAAGGACUGGUUUCAAAUGGGGAACAAAAUUUCCCCCAUGGCCUACGUCAACUUUGCACACCAUGAGUUGAUACCGAACAAUGCCCUUCGUUUUGCAAUUCAAGAAUGGCAAAAGCGACAACAACCGUGACAUUUAAACCUUCCAUUUUUUUGUAUGAUGCCAUGUUUAUGAUGUGAAACAAAUGACUCUUAUAAUUAAGUGUGUACAGACAACUUUUUAUUGUGCCUUCUUAAUUAGAAGCUACCAUUUUCUGAUUGCUUAGUAUCACAAAUGAGGAAUGAUGCACAUGCUUUCUGUUACAUGUUAUUGGGAAUUGGAAUGAACUGGCAUGGUGGGUAUUCAAGUUGAAUGAAACAGUGAUGUGUACACCCAUUGUAAUCCGCCAUGGCUGGCUUCUGCGAAGCUAGCUAUGCAUAGACCGGGUGUGUGAUCAUUCUGUUUGUUUACUCUUGAUGUUUCAUUUUGAGUCAAUAAAAUCCACCUUUUGUCGGGAAAAAUAAAUAUCAAUGAUAAUAAAUAUAAGUUUUAUGUGGCUGUUAUCAAUAGACACUUAAAAGUGUAUCCAAUAGCUAUAUUUGUAUCAAACAUGUGUAUGCCGGCUUAGGGAGAACACCUAGCUCAAUAUAUGGGUUGAAGAUGUGCCAAAUAGAGCAAUUGUUGAUUCUUCUAGACCAAGACAUAAAUCCAGCUUGUAUGCUUGUCAGGUUAACAUUAGGUUUGUGUUCACAAUAAUUUGAGAUGUGUACGGAUGCUUUGUGAAUUUCAGCUAGGUUCCUAUAAUUUUCCUUACAUGAAAACCCAAUAAUAUAGAGCGGGUUCUACUAGGAGAGAGUUGGAACCCAAAAACAAUUGAGGCUGAAAUAAGUAAGUUGCUCUCGGGGGAAGUAUACUGCUAAAUUGACGAUAUUCAGGUUAAAAUUUUACCUGAUGAAAGCAUGACAACUAGCAUGUCAUUAACAAAACAAUUGGUUGCAUUUAUUAAACAAGAAAAUCCGAGAUACUUAUCAUACAUGUCCGAAAUUAUACACAUUGGUGGAUCUGUUUUCAGAGCAAGUGGAUCCACAUGGCUACCAAACGUUGCAUGCCCAUUCAGGUUAUGUUUGGUAGCACAAUAUUGAAAAAACCAAAGUAUUGAAAACCACAGUAUUUCAGCAUGUAGGUACAAGAUACCACAGUUUUGACAUACCAGUUUAUUUUGAAGUAUUGAGAAUACUGCGACCUGUUUCGCAAAUGCUUAUAUGCAACAACAAAAAUUAGCUAGCUAGCUAGCCGUAUGAAGCAGUUGUAAUACGCGCGUUCCUAGCUAGUUUUGUCAGGAAAACAACAAGUGCAGACUUGGAAA